GUAGUUAAUAUUGUUUCACAGAUUUUUGAUUUGCGCGCCUCAGAGUUGAAUAACACCGUAAAAGCCGAAACAGAUAUACUUGUGUUCAAUCGUGUACCGAAAACUGGUAGCAUUCAAAUGAUUGAACUAAUGAAACAGUUGGGAAGUGUACAUAACUAUGAAGUGGUUGUCGAUCCUCAAAAUGCUGGCGUUCGACCCAUACUGAGCGCGGAUGAAGAAGAGGAUUUGAUUAAAAAUAUUACGCAAUUAGAAGAUCGCGCUGUCUUUGCUAGUCAUGUAAAUUAUUUAGAUUUUAAAAAAUAUGGCAAACCACGUCCAAUUUAUGUGAACUUGGUGCGCGAUCCAAUAGAACGUGUUAUUAGUUGGCAUUACUAUAUUCGAUUGCCGUGGGUUUAUGUGCCGCGACGUCGCUUAAAGCACAUAGAAAUGCCAUCUAAGCAAUGGGUUAAUACAGAGUUUGAUCAAUGUCUAUUGAGUGGUGAUAAAGCUUGUACUUACAUUGAAGGAAGUGGUUUAGAUGGAUUGGUUGAUCAUCGUCGGCAAACAUUAUUCUUUUGCGGUCACAAUGAACGUGAAUGCACACCAUUUAAUAAAAAAUUACCAAUGCAAAUAGCUAUGCGUAUGGUAGAAGAGGAAUAUGCUGUGGUGGGUACAUUUGAAGACACUAAUGUGACGCUGAGUGUGCUGGAGAGUUAUAUACCAUCUUAUUUUCGCGGCGCUAAGGAUAUGUAUUAUAUGGGCAUGCACGAGUAUGUAAAAAAUUCCAAUCCUGGGAAGCCGCAUAUUGGCGAAGAUAUUAAGGAAAUGCUGCGUAAAAAUUUUACACAAGAAAUUGAAUUCUAUCGGUUUUGUCGUCAACGUCUUCAUAAACAAUAUUUGGCUAUUAAGUUAAAAGAACUUAUGAUUGUUGAUAAAGAAUUGCAGGAGCUGCACAGCGUUCAGCAGCAGAAAGUAAAUAAACGUAAAGGUCUAUUUUAACU